UGCUUUAGACAUUAUAAGCAGUAAAAGCAAUAUGUGGGUAAUUAGAAUCAUAGGGCUAGAAGGGAUCUUGGAGGUCUUCUAGUCCAACCCCCUAGCCAAGACAGGACUCCUUAUACCAUCCCAGAGAAAUGUGCUCCUGCUUUCUCUUUCCAAACCAGCAUGGUGGAGACUCACGGUAGGCACUUUAUAUUUCCUGUUCUCCUUCCCCCACUUGGUUGUUCUCUGCUUUACAGGAGAUACCAAAUACUCUUGGACCAGAUCACCACAUUCCAGAAAUCCAGAAGGUCCAUUUAACUGUCUUUGGCCCCAGGGGUGUUUUAGGCUUUCUUCCUACCAACCCAGACAUGAUUGAUGUUUACCUAUCAGGAGAUUCACAACCAAGAUACCGGCGGGAUGCAUCACACCAACAUUUGCCUACCAUCCCAAAUCCUGUCGCGUGUUUGAUAGUGGGAGAUGCUAUCCUUUUCCAGCUCGGCAUUAAUCCCUCCAAUCGGGCUUCUAGCCACUACCCUGUCUACCAGAAGGGACACCUUUACAACAGCAAUCCCCACUGGGAUUUUGGUGCAUUCAGAAGGCUGGAUCACCUCAUCCGAGAGACCCAGCUCAACAUUUCCAGGUUCAGCCAUGUUUUUCUAGAACCUGGGACCUAUGUGUUGAGGGAUAAUGGUGUUGAAAGCCGGAUGCUGAUUGUGGUAGUGAAUGAGCAAAGUUUGGGAUGUAAUCCCCACACAGCUUCCUUCCAGCCUUCCUCUCCAUACCAGCUGGCGCGGCAUGGAGUUUUGAAGCACCCAGUGGUGAAUAUUGCCCCUGAUUGGGCAACUAUUGCAGUUGUCCUUUUCAUCUUGGGCUUCCUGACCGUGGUGUUGACUGCCCUCUUUUUCUUACUGAGGCUCCCCAGCUGCCCUCCUAACCCAAUGAAGAUGUGGAAGCCCCGAUGGAGGAGUUUAGGAGAGUAUCACAUCCCACCAGAGUAUGUGCUUAUUAAAGAGAGCCUCCAGUUCCGCACAGCCCUUGGACCUCAAAGCUUUGGAGAACAACUGGAUGUCAGAGAAGAAAGCUUUCCUGGAUGGUGUGAUAAUCAAUUUGCAAUGAAAAAUCUGGAAGACUUCAGCGUUCGCACCUUGUAUGACAAACUAGAAGAUCAGAACUUGCAUCUUGCAUCACAGCUUGCGAAACACCGGACUGAAGUCUCAGUAUUUUAUCGAGGAAUCAGUCAGAAAAUUCAAAGUCUUUGGGAUAUGAUACAGGAAGUGGAUUUGAACAAACCGAAGGGUUCUGAAGAAGACAUCUCAUAUAAGGGAACCCAACAGAGUGAGAAUUCUCCAACUAAAUUGUCAGGGGUCUUGAAAGCAAUGGGCUACUCAGGCGCAGAGUGGCAGGAGGCUACUGAGUUAAUGAAAAUCCUGGGCAUUUUGCUGCAAAAAAUCCAGUAUCAGAAAAUAGCCAUGAAACAAGAAAAGGCCGACAAACAUGAGGAUGCUAAGGAACCCAGUAUGAAGAAAGGUCAACAGGCUGCAGCUGAGAAACAAUGUGUGGAUACCCACUUUCUGCAGCAGCUCUGGCUAAAAAACACUGGAAUCAGUGCUUCCUCCUCCUCCCAUAGGUGUAAAGAUGAAGGAGCAAAUGGAGAAGAUGACAACCAUCUUUCUUUGGGGACCAGCAAAAAUACAUUGAUCAUCACGAACAUAGCUAGUUUAUCACCCCAACAAUUUCUGGUUUAUCGCUUUGGCUGCACAGUGGCACACCUGAUGGGAAGAGUCUUCUGUUUGCCAGCAUUGGUACUCCUAUUGGCCGAAGCAAUCCCUCAACAGCACUCCACGGGAGAUCAGGAGGCCACUUGGCUUACCAAAGAUUUGUACUAUGAUGCUGACAACCAUUCCCUCUACAUUCUUUCAUCACACCUGGAGAAUGCUGGGGUAUUUGUGGCAGUGUUGCUGAAUGCCAUGGCACAUGUCAAAGCAGGCCCUAUGGAAGCCAACCACAUCACCCUUGGAUUUUGGAAAGAACUCAACAAAGGCAUCACAGCUCUGGCAGAUGCUUUUUUCCACUCUGCCUGGGAAGCAGCAGAGGUGACAAAGGAGAGAUCUUUGCAGAAUCACUCACCGCUUUGUGUAGCUGCUCGGUUGAGUUUUGAAGAACUGUUGAGUGUUCAAAAGUCACCCAGGAUUGGCUUCCUUGAGAGAGAUCCAGAAGAAAGCCUUUGAAUGGUCUCUCCAAGGAAGUACCGCAAUACUCCUUUGAACUUCUUGCAUUGUGUAAGUCAAGAGAGACCAAUUCUCGGAAGGAAAGAUGAAGUUGAUUGCGCAACAAUCAAAGAGGUUGAAUCAGAACUGGCUCAAUCUUUGAAUAUCCCGAGGAGCCACCAACCAACAGCUGAAGCAAGGGUGACCUAGAACUUUUCAGUUGACCGUUUUUUAAUCCUUGCCUAAUUUAUUUAGUUUAUUUUUUGGUUAAGUCUCAUUUCUGAACCCAAAAAGAAUAGAAAGGAAAGAGGCUUAUUCCUGGUUACUGAGAAGUUCCUUUUUCCUUUUUCUUUUCCAAUGUUUUCUAACUGAUGGAAGUAUCAAUUUUCUUUAAUAUUUGUAUUACUAAAGUGCUAAAAGAUAAAGUGUUUGAAAAACAGCAAAUUUUGGAAUGUGAAGGACAUAAGAGAAAAAGAGGAAAUAAGGGGGAAAGAGAGAAAAAGGUUAUUAUGCUUACAUUUUAAAAAAAGCAUAGUGAAAAAGUGAAUUAUAUUCUCCCAUUCCUUUCCCUCUACAUUCCCAACUACAAGCCAUAAGAAGCUGAAUCUUGCAUCAAACAUUAAUAGUUAUUUGUUAGCUUCCAUUUAAAUUCUAAAACUCAUAUUCUAGAUCAGGGGUUCUCAACCUUGGCAACUUUAAGACUUGUGGACUUCAACUCCCAAAGCUGGCUGAGGAAUUCUGGGAGUUGAAGUCCACAAGUCUUAAAGUUGCCAAGGUUGAGAACCCCUGUUCUAGAUAUCUGCAUCUCCCUUGCUCUGUGAUACAUUGUGUUUAAGGAAGCCAUUUUUGUUUGAACAUAGCUCAACUUCCAUUAAGAAUGUACACUGUCAAUUUUGUCAAUUUUAUUCUCCAAUUUUAAUUUUCCACUCUGAUUAGGACAGACAAGGUAUCUGUUUUCCAAUAUUGUGUGCUAAGUCAAUUCUUGCUGAGGUCAACAUGUAUCUUAGUAAAUUGUGAUAGUUCUCAUUUGUCUUUUCUGGAAUUAUGCCUGGUUACAAAUACCUGUGGUUUCAGUUAAAGUUUUAUAUUUUAAAAAUAAAAGAAGUGUCUUAACUUUUGACAUUUUUUUCCUGUUACUGUUGACUUGUGAAUUCUGCCACCACCGAACUUUUAUUCCCAAGUACUAGAUACAAUAGUUAUUUCACUGGUACCUUAAGAAUGAUUAUAUAGGUCAUGACUAAAAGUGAAAAAUAAGACAAUGCAAUAUUUUAUACCAAUUUUCUCUUAAAAGAUGCUGUACAAAACAAUAAAAGUUAACUGUAAUAAAUGCCCCAUAAAAUCUAAAAGAAAAAAAACCUACAUUUGUGGACAAUGGGAAUUGAUUUAAGAAACAUUUUGCUUCUAACACAAUAUUAGUAUACGAAUGGCUGGGUAAUGGUCAGGAAACUUUUGAUAACUUGGUGGUCAAACCAAACAUUCCCAUAUUCCAAGAGGUCAACAUCACCACCAACCAAAAGGUCUUGCUGUUGGCCAUAUCUGGAGGUGGAACCACAAAUUGACCUUCUCCUCUACGUAGCUAAACCCGAGGGAAGGUCAACAUCAUAAAUCAUCUGAUGUUUAGGACUUGUGAUGCUUUGAAUGUAAUUGCCAAUGUUCUGAUUGGGUAGCCAAUUUGUACAUGACGAUUGAAAAGAAAUGACUGGAAAGAGAAAUUGGUAAAUGGGCCAUGAUGCAUUGCAGAUGACAAGUAUGGAUAUGGAACCAAGUGGAUAUUCUCAUCCAGUACGACUGUUUCCAAGAGACAAAGGGAGAGAGGAGAGGGAAGGAGGGAGGAAGCGAGAGAAAUUUCAAUCUCUCUUGUGGGCAUUCUCAACUGUUUGAAGAAUUGAAGGCUUUUGAUGACCGUAGAACAAAUCAACCAUAUAUACUUCACCUGUCCCCAUAUCCAGGGAAACAAAUGACUCUUACAUAGUUGGAGAAUUUGAAUGGUCUAUUCAUUUGACAGAAGGACAUAAAAUCCAGCAUAGGUUUCCUUUUGUGAAAUAGGUUUAAAGAGAACUGAAGAAUCUACACUACAUUUAAGGGGCUGGUUUUUUUAAUAGAUUGCUCAGAAAAUGUCAUGCAUUAAAUGGUACAUGAGAAUUUAUGGGUAUGGCUCAUGGUAUGUUUCCAGUAAGCAAAUAAAUAAAACUUUAAUCCUUGAAUCUUUAAAACUUGAAUUCUUGUUGCAAAACAUAUGCUGCGGGUUUUUAUGUCAUCUAACAUGGGAGCUGAUAUCUGAGACACAAAAAUAGUAAAAGAAAAUGGGGGUGUCAUUUACUUCAAUAUUAUUUAUUUCAAUAUUUAAUUUAAGUAGUCUUUCAAAUCUUUUUUUUUUAGAAUCCUCAGGACAUUUAAUCCCAAACCAGUAGAUUCUUUUUAUUAUUAUUGUAUUCUUUGGUUCUGUUUUUUUUUCUCACCAAUAAUGAGGGAUUAUUGGUCAGCUGAUCUGAAAAACGGGGAUAUUUCUUUGUUGUUUUGCUUUCUCUUAGCUCGUCUGUUAGCAAAGAUUAAGAAUGUUUGCCAGUCCUCUAAUAGGGUAUUGUGUCACCCUUGGAGAGCAAACAAAGGAAGAACUGGGCAACGGGAAAAUACGCAACCAACUUGGCUUCUAGUGAAAAGCUGUUUUGAGAGACAAUUCUUGAAUUACUUUCAUUUGAGAGACCGUAUAGAAUUCAGGAAGUGAGGCAGCUACUUCUGCUCAACCAUCAUACUUUUUCCUGCCCUCGUGAACAACGUUAAUUAUCAGUAGAAAUGUUUAUAACUGUUCUUCAUGGAGAACACAAGGCAGAUCUUUUUAAUAUACACUGCAAAGUCCAGAUUUUGCUAGAUGGCAUUAAACACCACUGUGGAUGUGAAGAGGAAAUAGAAUUAGCAGAUGAGAGUGGCCAAGUCAAGAAUUUACUUCAAAACAAGUAUCACUAUGCAACAGAACUCCUGGGAGAACGAGAGACUUACGUGCUGCUUAGUGUCACAAAUGGAGAAAAAGCUUCAGAGUCUGAAUUUAGGCCACUGUUGAAGGAUGAGCACAUUGUUAACCCAAAGUUUCUAGCUAAAUUAGGAAGUUGUCAAGAGCACAAAGGACCCUCCCCAAGGAUGAAAUCCAGAAGGAUUCAUAGAAAAUCAACCUUGGAUAUCCCCACUGCUGAAGGCAUAAGAAAUGCUUCACCCCAUGGCAACAGAACCAGGACGCCCAAUCUUUCUCCAAAACAGAGGAAGAAAAACUGAUUUGGUGGGUGAAUUCAUACCCCUGCUACAUUUCUGGAAAUGUUUCUUUCCUGUUUGUUGUAAAAUGUGGAUUAAAGCUGCUAUUCCUUCUUGCCAAAAGUAAAAUCACAGCAUGCUGAGAGUCCUGUUAGAGUCCUGUUGGAGUCACAAACAGCUUGGAACUCAAAUCCAAAUUCCAUAAUAAAUCUCCUAAAACAGGAUCCCUAAUCUCUCUGGGGUGUCUGUAUGUGCUUGUGGAUGCACAUGUGUGGUGCAGAUGUGCCAAGAUUAAUUAACUAAAGAGAUGUUGGCAGAAUUUAAAUACACACUCUCGCUCUUUCUCUCUUGCAAUACUGUGGUUUCUUAUUUCCCUUUUUCUUCCAAAGCUUUUAAGGAAUUGAACAAACAUCUUUAUUCAUAAUGAAAGUAACCUUUAGCAAUAUCUGUUAUUCAAGGAUCCCCAUGUCUGUCAUCGGAUCAAUAAAAAAGACUUACCUGCUGAAUUCUCUUGCAUUCUCAUGGGGCAAAUAUGUGAGCCAGGAAAUUAUCCUGAGCAUUCGAUAAUUGGAGUUUAGUCAUCAACAACAUCAACUAAUUCUUCCGUGUGAUUAUCUGCUUUAUGCAUCAUUAAUUUGGCAGCUUUGAGUUUCAUGUUCUUUUACUGUAUAUACUUUUGUAUUGCAGCAUUGUUUCAGUUUUCAUUCAAUUGUUUUGAUAUGUCUUCUAAGUGCAGGUAAUAAAAAUAUGACACAA